AUGGACAGCGCUGAUACGCCUCCUCCGCCGACUUCACAACAAAAUAAAUUGAGGCUGUCGGCCGAUACUGCUGCUGCGCUGAUUCGCGAGGCGCGGGGACAGCUGGCGUUGAGGAAGUCUGAGAAGGAUAAUCCUCUGAUGGGUGGAGAUUCUCUGCCGCGAAGGUUGAAGUCAUCCCCAAUUGUCACGGGGGAAGUGACGGAGGUGGACACCAGUGAGGGUCGGCGCACGCGGAAGGAUACGCUUGAUCCAAGCAUGAGAGAAGACACGCUGGAACUGUGCAUGGAAGAGUAUGAGGACAUGGGAAUGCUGUUCGGACGGGGUUCGGAUGGUGGUAGUUGCAGCUCGCCGAAGGAGUCCUCUGCUGAGAACGAUGACAGCCAUGUGGGGUGUAUCCAAGUCUCCCAUUCGGCCAAAUGCGAGUCGAGUGAAGCGAUGUGUUAUUCCGAGAGCUGA